AUGAGCAGCUCUCAACGAGAGCAGAGGAUAUACAAUUCUUGGAAUAUUGGAAUCCUCAUAACCUCCUUCCCCGCCAACUCCCCCAUCUCAGGCGCCCGCCUCUCGCUCAGCCACGACCUCAACACAUCCAUCACGACCGCCUUCCUCUACGGGCCACACCUGCUCUCCGCACCGCCCGCCGGCGUCACCGUCUCUGGCGCCGCCACGGCAUGCACGGGGGCGCUGUGGACGCACCCGCUGCUGCUGCCGACGCUGCUGCUCGCCAACACGGUCGACCGCACGCAGGCGUUUUGCACGCACGAGCUGGCCGCGCGCAUCGCCGCCGCCGACGAGGAGCUGCGGUCGACGGCGAAGCGCGGCGGCGUCGAGGCGAUGAUGGGGGAGGUCGGCGCGGUGGCGGACGAGGCGGUCGGCGUCGAGGGGUUGUGCGGGUGGGAGAGCCGGGUCGCGGCAUGGUUGGGGGACGUGGUCGAGCGGACUGAGGACUUGUUGUUGAUGCGCGAGGAGUGGGAGGGAGGGGAGAGUUACGGUAGUAGUUGGGAGGUGAGGGAGAUGGUGGAGCAGUUGCAGACGGCUGCGGAGAGUGGUGUGGAAGAGGCGAAGAGGCUGAGGGCGAAGGCUGGGUGGUUGGUUGAUACGCUCAACACCUCUGUCGUCCAAACGAACAACCUCCUGACGGCUCAGCUCGCCGCAACAGCCGCCCGUGAUGGCACCUCCGUCAAGACCAUCGCCCUCCUCAACACGCUCUUCCUCCCCGCCAUCUUCGUAGCUACCCUCAUCACAACAUUUGCCUGCUCCACCCACGCCACAACCAGCACCUCGUCCGACGACGACAAAAACAACCCCCUCCUCUCCAAAAACCUCCGCACCUACUGGGCCACCACCAUCCCCCUCACCGUCCUCCUCCUCAUCUUCUGGCUCGUCUGGCGUCACCGCGCCACCCGCGUCUUCCAAUCCGACUACGCCUCUAUCCAGCGCGGCCGCGACACCAUCAACCCUACCACCACCCCCCGCCAACCGCAGAAAGCACCAUCGCCAUCGCCGUCGCCCAGCUCCACCAAGCUCCCCCCGCCGCCCCCGACAGCAUCAUCCACCAGGGCGACAACGAGCGGUACCUCGAAGGAGCGGACACGGGUAGCGAUGACGGAGGUGGACGUGGAAGACGGGCGCAGCGUGCGUGAGCGCGGCUACCACCGUAGUGCUCGCUCGCACGUCUCGGCGCUGCUGAUGCCGUCGUCGUCGCAUUCGCACGGAACGGAGAGGCCGACGAGCAGCAUGAGCACGUGGCCGACGGGCCCGUCGGGCGUGUCGGCGCCGCAGAUGAUGACGGGCGCCGGGGACGGGGGGAUGAGGAGGGGGAAGGGGAGGGAGCAGCAGCAGGAGGAUGCGGAGAGGUUGGUUUGA